AUGGAUGGAGAAGAUCAAGCAGAAGAACAUAUGGAGAUUACACAAGAAGGGGAAAAGUCAGAGCUUGUUAAAGAGUCUAAAGAUUCACUAGAGAAUGUUGGUACCCUUGGCAAUGGUGCAUCCGAAGGUUCCAAGAUGUCCUACAAGGAUAGGCUGAUGAACGACGGGCUUGGAAAGCUGAAUCCAUAUGAAAUCGUCGAGAUGGUCACAGAAGACUACAUCUCUGAUGAAGAUUCGAUGGAACAUAUGGAGGAAUCACAGACUCCUUUCAAUCCAAAUCCUGUUAUAGAGGUGUCUUUGGAAGAAUAUGAUGAAUGGUGCAGGCCGUGGAAGCAAGCACUCAUCGUUAAGCCUUUAGGAAAGAAUCUGAACUUACAGACUAUGGAACGGUGGAUAAAUAGGAGAUGGACAAAGAAGGAGGCAGUACAUGUGAUGGACCUGGUCAGAGGGUACUUCCUAGUGAGAUUCUCUAACCAAGAGGAUUAUUCACACGCUCUUUUUAAGGGUCCCUGGAUGAUCGCUGAUCAUUACCUCUUGGUUCAAAGGUGGCGGCCUUUAUUCAUACCCCAAGAGAGUGAGGUUAAAAGGGUUGCUGUCUGGAUCAGGAUUCCCAAUCUCCCAGCCAAAUUGUAUAAUAGAUAUUUCUUAUGGAAGGUUGGAAAAUCUAUUGGAAACAUGCUCAAAGUCGAAGAACAUACGUCUAUUCACUCAAGAGAAAAAUUUGCACAUAUCUGCGUGGAAGUUGACCUAAGGAAAAAGAUGGUGCCAUCUUUCUCAACCUUAGGAAAAGAUUUUAGACUAGAAUAUAAAGAUCUUCAUCUCAUAUGUUUCAAUUGUGGUAGAUAUGGACAUAAACAUGAUGGAUGUCCGAAAAAGAUAAAGGAAGCAAAGGACAAACCACAAUCUCAAGCAGCUACCGAUGAACAGAACCACCAGAAGGGGGAAAACGGCACCGCGGUCCAAGGCUAG